ACACAGGGCUUGAAGGCAACAGUAUUGGUCUUGAAACAUCCAAAAUCAUCUUGUUGUUAACAGGAGUAUAGAUAACAAGUCAAGAUGGGGACACGGGCAGCCGCCUUCACGGCUAAGAUCAAGGCCCUACAAGAGGCUCAAAUGCGGCUCCUUCAAAGUCAGACGCCGAGUGGUCCGAACUUGAAUGCCCCCACGGGAUUGGAAUUGGCCACCACUUUGAAAUGGUUUUCCACCACAUUGCUGAAUGUCCUCAAGGAUGUGCCAGGACAGCCUCUUCUCAUGAUGAAGAGCAAAGAGACCGAUCCAGAACGCAUGGCUCUCUAUCCCAGCCUAGAUUAUAAGGGGCUCUACUCGUCCCUGUUGAAUUUCAUCGACCUCAUUGAGUUCAUACCCCAAGGCCUCUACGACUUUGGCAAGGCUUAUUUGAACUCGAUUUGUGUUCUGAUUCCAUUCUUGGAAAGGGAACUCAUUGACACUUUGCCCUACACUGUGGUAGGCCUUUUCACGGUCUUACCCCUGUCCUUAAGCCAAGACAUUGUGAACGUCGUUUGCUAUCAUCUAAUUCCAUUCACCAUUUCCACCAAACGUCCCAAAGAUAAUGUUCCACUUACUCAUGAUAUGGACGCAGAUCUGGAGAACUAUGCAUCCAAAUCUGCAGGUGCUAUUCUCUUGAUGGUUUUCCAAUACGCCAAAGACAACACAGCCCUUCAUCGUCAAAUUACUGAAGCCCUCAUGACGGUCAAAGAAGACCUUGUUAAGGAUUUGUUCCUAGUGAUCGCCCAUGGAACACCUUCUUCCAGGAUGAAUGCAGUCAAUCUGCUCUUUUAUUACUGGCCAAGUCUAAACCCGACACUCUACGAUCUCAAAGCAAUCAUUCACAAGUUCAACAACUCUGAAACGUGGUCCCCCCCGUUUUGCAGUGCGCCCGAUUGCGCAGGAAAAGGACAGGCUUUGGCGGUAAAUAUCUGUCUGGAUCACACCAUUUGCCUCUCACAUCACCCAGAUCGACCUCCGCCAGCUUUUUAUUGCCGGGAUUGCUUCCUGACGAUCCAAAGGUUGGUCGACCGAAAAGAUAUCGCUCCCAUGUUCCAAGAGAUCAAUCAUCCUUUACAACAAGUGGCUGUGACCUGUGACAACCAAAAAUGCAAGUCUAUGGAUAAGACCGCCGUGGCCAUUUGCUUCUCCCAAGAUUGUUCCAGUUUCCAUUGUACAAACAAUAGGCCCACUCGAUAUUGUAAUCAAUGCAACAAGAUCAAUCACCAAUCUCGUCUCACCAUGGAUCACAUCAUCCACUCCAAGAUCUCGUCUCCUUGGGAUAUGGAGCAGGAAAUCCAAAACUAUUUCGUCAAGGCUGUCAUUAGUUUACUCCAAGAGGCCAAACCCUUUGGAUCGAACAAAGAGUUUGAAGACGCUCAUCGCCGAACGAUGCAAGCUUUGGAUGAUAGUGGUGAGGACAUUGAGGACGAAACCGCUCUCAAUGAAAGACGCCUUCUUUCAAGGUAUGGGGUGUGGCUUUUGGUUGGCCUGGGAACGCCAACAACUGACACGUGCUUGGCAACGUUUGGUCACAUGCUGUCCAUGUUGUUCCAAUGGUUUAAUGCCACAGCGUAUUUGCCUAACGACAAAACUGGAUCCACUUUGGAGAAACUAAAGUCAGAGUACAUUCCGGAGUGGUUGCGUAAGGUCUACAAGAGCUACCCGGACGUGUUUGUCUCGUGCCUACUUCCAAAUCCUCCUGAUUAUGUGAAAAUCGGAGGUCACUGGGAUGUGGUUAUGCCUAAGAUUGACCAUAUCAGAGAAGGCUUGAAUAGCGUCUUUUGUCUAGUCCCCUAUGAUGUGAUUACGUUGGAGGUGUGGGAAAAGCUCAUGUCGCAUUGGAUGGAAGUGAUUAAUAAGGAAGUGUCCAAGGAGGAAAUUGUUGAGCUGAAGAGCAUUUUCUGCAAGAUAUUUGAUCCUGAUAUGAGUCCCCUUGGGUUUGACGCCAAAGAAAUGUACCACUUCAUAUCCAAACGAUUCGUCAAGACCAGUGCUGAUGUGCAACAACAAGCCCUUCAAUGGCUCCAGCGAUUGUGUCUGAUGAAUAUUCAUAUUCCCUUGGAAAUUCUCUUUGAAAUGUUGAACCAUGGUAUCGAUACUCUCAUCUUGGACGGGAAAGACAUCGAUGAGAAUGCGCCCGCCCUUUUAGUCGAGAACCCCACCGAGUAUCUCACAGAAGAGAGCAUCGCCACCGAGCCAAGGCCACAAUCUCCAGGAGUUCUUGAGGAGGAACCUGAACUGGUGGAAAAAGAUCCAAGUCUGGUAUCCAAGGAGGAGUUGAACUUGAUGUGCUACAACCUUAUGAUUGAUGUUCUCUCCUGCCAAAUGGAGCUCCAGGAUGUGGAAUUGCACAUUGGACUGAAUGGCCCGUGUGUCAAUGACAUCUUAAGCCUAAUCAAUCGCAUACUCGCCACUCCGUGGAUGGAGGACAUCAACAAGUGCCUCACAGACAGCUUGGAUAUGGACGACUUAGCAGAAGACGAGGAAUUAGGCAUUAGAGUAGUGGAAGAGCUCUUGACAGAUCUCUUGCAACUCAUACAUGUGACCAUCAAGAACGUCAUUCCGUUGGAUGUAAAUGACGAUUCUGAUGAGGACAUGGCCGAACCCUCGAAUUUCACCGUUAACAGUGGGGCCGAUUUGGACCCUCGAGCGGCAAGUGCCAUGAAAAAGGGACCUGGAUUAGGCCAAUUCAUGGCUGUUUUGACCACCAUGCAAUCUUCAGCUGAAAAAGUGAAGGAGGUGGACGAUUCCUCCUCCGUCUCAUCCCAAGAGGAAAAUGAAGAACCCUUUGAGUUGCAUAUUGAUGACUACGCGAUACCACUUCAAGUUGUCUACCAUUUGCUGUUGAGGAACACGGAGAUUGCAGAUCCAGACAUGAGGUUCUAUCUCAUGGAUUCGGUUCGAUUGCUCUCACUCAAUGCCGAUGUUUUACAAUCAGCCGCUCGAAAGCAAAAGAGACUUAUUCACUAUUGUCAAGAGCCUUUACUUACAGGCGUCAUGUGGCAAAUCUUGGAUGCAUCCCACUCUCAAGUGGCUCAUGCGUGUGUUCCAUUGCUGUUGCACGCCACGUCUUUGCCGGGUGGAGCUGAUAUCCUUUGGAAAAGCCUGGACGAGGAUUUCAACAACGAGGAUUGGAGAACCCGUUUUGCUGCUGUGGAGAAAAUCAGCCUCAUUCUGAGGUUUGUCGAGGAUAAGCCCAUCAAGAAGAGCCAUUUGUUGCGAUCAGUUUUGUCCCACGCGUUUUGCUGCCUCAUAGCCAGUACAGAUGAUGUGAAUGUCCAUGUGUCUCAAAAAGCCAUCCUCCAAUUAGGAACUGUUCACGAUACGGCCAUUCAACUUUUGUUGUGGUGUCUUGAGAAUCAAUUUGACACUGUUCCAAUCGAUCGUCCAGUGAUUUUGAAGCGGCUCAAUCAGCUAUUCAACACAAUGUUAGACCGGCAUAUACUAUCCUGGGUGUUCUUUGCAAAUCGUUUUGACGUCAUUAUUGGCGAAAUUCAGGCCAUCAAUGACCACAAAUCAGAGACUUGCAUUCAACGAUCAGGAUCCACUGCCGCUUCAAAGAGAAACUCUGCAAUGGUAGCCGUGGCCACCGCAAAUCCAGCCGUACCCAGCUCCUUCACAUCGCUUCGUAAUCGGCUCCAAAAACCAUCAGAGAAUUCAAAUCAGGUCAAGUCAUUGGCAUCCAGUUUGAAAUAUCCCUACAAGAGGACAGUGUCAGCACCGGCAGGAAUGGGCUUAUCCACUGCUUCCAAGCUAUUUCUCCAGAAGCAAAAUUUUCGCACUUGCGCUCAAGGCACGUAUUCUCGUCAUCAGUCGGUUCCGUUGAUGUUGAAGACAAAGCAUGGCAAAGUUAUGAAUGACUCGGGAUUUACGCUGAACAAGCAACCCAGUAGUGCUGCUAUGAUGGGCGAGGAAAGCGAGUACAUUAACGUGGCUGCCAAAACCCUGGAUUUGGAUGAAAUCGACAAAGAAACACUUCAUUUGUUGGUGUUUCUUUUCACCCAAUUUUUGUCCUACUCGGAUUACGCCAAAUUUCCCGAAGAAAAGCAGACCAAGGCUCAUGCAGCCACUCGAUGCUUCCAGAGUCUCUUUUCUUUGAUCGGUUAUAAUGAAGCUGAAAGGAGAUUCCAAGUCAUGCCGCACAAGAUCAGAUCUACGCCCACCGUCAAUGCAUUUAUCGCGAAUCUACCUCAAGUUUUGGAUUACAAUUUCGAAAUGGGCAAGAAGAUCCUCUUGAACUCGAUUUUGAUUCUGCAAAAGAUCCCAUUUCCUCCCCGACAUGCUUCAUCGUGGCAAAACCAAACCUUGAUGCAAGAGAGUAUGUUGUACCAGGGAUGUGGAUUCAGUCUUUGGUACUUGGAACCAUCUCUGCGACGAAAUUGGCUUACAGCUGCCAUGGUAAUCUUCUACAAAUACGACUUCAAUUGUGACACCAUAAUUGGGGAGAAAACGUCCGGGUUGGUAAAAAUCAUCAUCCAUACGUUGGCUGCACAUGCUCAUACAUGUGACCGAUUGGACAAGCCAUCCUUCGGCAUGUCGGCUAGGUCUAGAGAUCUCAGUCAGUUGUCAGUGGCAGACACUUCGGACAAUCAAGGAGACACCGAUACAGUUUGUGACCCUGACACUGACUUUAUCAUUCCCUUUGAAGACACUUUGGUUGGAGCAGAACCAGAGGAAAAAGACGUUGCCGAGAAUGCAAAUACAGAGAAGAAAAAGAACAAAGACAACAACAGCAACAAGUCUUUGGAUGAAAUCGAUGGUGCAAGGGCAUCAACCCCCGCUAUAAGUCCAAAUAAACCAGGGACGAAGCAUUCCAAGCCAUUAAGUAGCUUGGAAAUGAUCCGCGUAGAGCAGGGACAGGGAGACAAGCCCCCAAGCAGCAGUGAGGUUCGUACUCCAAUGGCUAAUCUUUUUGGUUUUUUACCUCGACCUUCGGGUCACCAAAAGGCCCCAACUCCGAGCACCCAUCAAAUCACAAGUGAGGGAUUACCUGCUGGAUGGGCAAUGCAGCUUAUGAGUAGCGGCCGGACACUAUUCAUUGAUAACACCAACCAAUUGACUACUUGGAUUGAUCCCAGAACCGGACGACCAGCCGAGGUCAAGGAACAUCCGCACCAACAUCACUUCCCUACAUUUGAAUCCCCUCCCUCUCCUUUGUCUCUCAUGGAUGUGAUCACAGUAGGCAAUCCAAUUAACGUGGACAAAGAAGCCAGCAAUGCACCAAAGCCAGAGAUCGAAGCUGAGCCUUUGAAAGAACCUCAGGAGGAAAGGCUUCUCCCUGUUGGACAGCAUCCACCUUUGAAAAGAUAUGAUCGACAAAACAGCCGCGAACGAAUCAUUGAUCGAGUUUGGCAAGUCUUUGGGUCUGAUCCAAGUCACAUGGAGUCCGUUCCCCUGAUUGGAGAGACGUUGUCAACCGACAAGAUUCAAGUGGUGGCGAGUAUUCACAAGCAGGACUCGUUGUGCUCCGACACCGGGGCAAAUGAUCCUUCAAUUGAAACCUAUAUUGGCACGAUCACGCAUAUUCGUAACGGACUAGCCUCAAAUAACGAGGGCAAUCAGGAGACCAACCCACUUCUGCAAACCGAGGCAAAAGCCAGGCAACCCAUAACCCAAGCUGUAGAAAACGAAGGAAACAAAGUGGCUGUGCCAAGUGCGUCAGGGACCACGCUAGGUGCAACUGGAAGCAUUCCCAAGGAGACUGUUCCGAGAAAAUCCUCUCUAAAGGUCAAGAAACAAGCAAACAAUGUGGACAAGCAAGAAGGUAAAGUUGAAAUAGCCACAAAUCCAAGCAACAAGCCAAAGUUUAAAAAGAGGCGACGUCAUGGGACAUCCACUUUACCCGAGACUCAAGUCCUUGAGGUCAACAGUAAGAGUUCCAGCAUUUGCGGAGGGAAAGCCCGUGAGAACUCAUCCAGUUCAUUACUUGCUGGACAUCGGGACAAUCCGUUACUCAUGAAGCAAAGUGCUUUACGAACGGGAGAAGAGUCCAUCGUCGAUCGAUGCUCUCAUUGCGGAGCAAUCAAGGAGGAAUACACCGAGGAAGACAUUGGUCUGUGUAUCAUCAACCUUAGCACCUUCAUUAGCCGGGAUCCGGCAUUGGCAGCCCCGCUUUUGCCAGAGAUUCUUUUGGUCGUGUCGCGGAUUGCCAGGACCACACAGUAUUCUUGGGAAUUGGACAGCACCGCGUAUAUUCCCGGAAAUAGCCGCAGUAUUGCUCGCCAGUUUUUCCGUUGUGUGCUCCACCAACUCUCAACCAAUGGGCUCUUCUCCAAGCUCUUCAUGAUGGAAAUGAGCGAGACAGGCCGGUUUAAAUUCUUUGGAACUCUGGUUUCUUGCCUCAUUGACUUCACAGAGUUGAAUCCGUCUUUUCCUCUGGCCCAAUUCAUGGUCGAGAUGAGCGAAAGAAAGGCUGUCACAAUUCUUGACUUCACACUUUGUCUUCCGAAUAUGGUGAGCUAUCUAAAGAGCGUCCAAUUCGAGCAGGCUAGCAAUUGGUCGGCUGUGUUCGCCCCAUGCGAUCUCUUCUUCCGGCGCCUUUGGUCAGUCACGGGCCAACAACACAUGCUUACUAGGCCAACGACCCUGACCAGCACUUCGGCCAUGACCCCUGGUGGCCUGAGUGCUGCCAACAUGGCCAAAGAGUCGAACAAAGCCAAAGCUGAGAGCUCAGUCAGAGUGACCCAACUACCCAGCAUUGGAUCGUUGUUCCAUGUCAUGACCAGCGUUUUACGCAUGCCAGGAGUGAACGGGAACCGCGGAGUUUUGGAGCCUAUUUGCAAACUAGUUAGCUAUGCUCUCCAAACCACUGCAUUGACAUUCCCUCAACUCUUGAGCAUUUGUCAUCAUUGUAACAAGGGCUUCAUUAAGGAGAGAGAGAAACAGCUCGUUACCCGGACGGCUGUUUUUGAGCUCUGCCAAGCUCUAAAAUUCAAGACUUGUAUCCCAGAUUCGAAUUUCCUUCUGCUGACCAAUUUGUUGCUGUACGAUGCUAGUGGUCACAUUACGACCGGAAUUGACGUGGAAACGUUCCCAAAUCUGGAGCUUGACCCUCAUUCAGUACAAGUGUACAACACGGCCGCUUGCGAUGUUAUGAGAAACACCCUGCAGGAUGCGUUGGAUUUUCUGGCGGAUGUUCACACUCUGAGCAAGGUCAAGAACAAUGCCCGCAGUCACAACAAGCACACGGGGCUGAACGAGGACACCUUGGGCGGAAUGCUGAAGGCCGCUUUGUCGCAAUACGUGGCUUUGGAAAUCAGUAAGGGCAACGGACGAGACGGUCGCACCGUCAACCGGUACUUGCCUUGGUUAUUCAAUCCGCCUGGAAACAUUGCUACACAAGGACCAAGAGAGUUUUUGGAUUGUGUCUCCCACAUUAGACUUCUGUCUUGGUUGCUCUUGGGAGCAGUCAAUUACACCUUGAGAUCGUCCAUGAAUGAGGCCAAUCUUUGUCAGCCUGUUCCUCUGGAGGCAUCUUGCCACAUUGCGGAUCAUAUUCAGGUCAUCUUAGCAGGAUUUGCCGAGCAAUCUAAAACUUCCGUGGUCCACAUGUGUUCGUUGUUCCACGCCUUUAUUCUUUGCCAGCUAUGGACAGUUUAUUUGGAACAAACCAUAGUCCUGAUGCCUUCCAAGGAUGACACGCAAACCUUGGCUAGUAGCAUUCUUCUCGACUUUUGGGGCAAAGUCACGCCAGGAAUCCUUCAAUUGGUUUCUCACUCUAAAGUUCUGGCAGAGAUGGUCAAUUUGCACUUUUUGAGCUUAAUGGAAGCAUUAAUGGAAUGUCAUUCGACCGUGUUGGUCAAACUCAUGCCGGCCUGGACACCAGUUCUCUUUGCUUAUCAAUCCCAACUACCGGACCAUGUACGGGUGAGACUUCAAGCAAUCCUUGACUACAAGCCAUCUGAGACUACCUUGAACGAACAGAUCACCACCAACACUAUUCUAGUGAAAUGGCUUCAAAGGCUUCAGUUUAAGAUGGGUCAAAUCGAGAUGCAGGCGUCUAAUGUGACGCAAUUCUUCACGGUAUAAAAUCAUGAAUCAUGUAUUAUUUGGUAUUAAUGUUAAGCAUUAAUGUGACUACUUUGACAAUUGUAAAUAGAAUAUAUCUCAUCACUCAUUUGCAACA